GGUGAACUGGUGAACUUGUGAAGGCAGAAGGGGUGAACUUCUCGUCAGGGCCGAGGGCAGAAGGUGCCGCCUCCAAGCUGCAUGCAGCCGCGUCCCUAAGGCCAGACCCCAGACCCGAGCAGACCCAACGUCAGAGCUGGCUCUUCUCCCUGCCCGCCUGUGGCAGCUGCUGUGCUAGUUUCCACCUCCCGGAUCUCUGCACUCUGGGGUUCUCUGUGGGUUCUGCCGUGUGGAGCUGUGGAGUGCAGGCUUGGCCAUGGACCCUCUCUCAGAGCUGCAGGACGACCUGACCUUGGAUGACCCCAGCCAAGCUCUGAACCAGCUGAAGCUAGCUUCCAUCGAUGAGAAGAACUGGCCCUCAGAUGAAAUGCCCGACUUUCCCAAGUCAGAUGACUCCAAGAGCAGCUCCCCAGAGCCUGUCACACACCUGAAGUGGGAUGACCCUUACUAUGACAUCGCCCGGCACCAGAUCGUGGAGGUGGCAGGAGAUGACAAGUACGGGCGGAAGAUCAUUGUGUUCAGCGCCUGCCGAAUGCCCCCGAGCCACCAGCUGGACCACAGCAAGCUCCUGGGGUACCUGAAGCAUACCCUGGACCAGUACGUGGAGAGUGACUACACGCUGCUCUACCUACACCACGGCCUCACCAGCGACAACAAGCCCUCCUUCAGCUGGCUCCGGGAUGCCUACCGGGAGUUUGACCGCAAGUACAAGAAGAACAUCAAGGCCCUGUACAUCGUGCACCCCACCAUGUUCAUCAAGACCCUGCUCAUCCUGUUUAAGCCCAUCAUUAGCUUCAAGUUCGGGCAGAAGAUCUUCUACGUGAAUUACCUGAGUGAGCUGAGUGAGCAUGUGAAGCUGGAACAACUGGGGAUCCCCCGCCAAGUGCUCAAGUAUGACGACUUCCUCAAGUCUACACAGAAGAGCCCCGCGACCGCCCCCAAGCCCAUGCCACCACGGCCCCCUCUGCCCAACCAGCAGUUCGGGGUCUCCUUACAGCAGCUUCGGGAGAAGAACCCAGAGCAGCAGCCCAUUCCGCUUGUGCUGCGGGAGACCGUUGCCUACCUGCGGGCCCACGGUCUCACCACUGAGGGGAUUUUCCGGAGGUCGGCCAACACCCAGGUUGUCCGGGAAGUUCAGCACAAGUACAACAUGGGGCUGUCUGUGGACUUCGAGCAGUACAACGAGUUGCACCUGCCGGCAGUCAUCCUCAAGACAUUCCUCCGCGAGCUCCCUGAGCCCCUGCUCACCUUUGACCUCUACUCGCACGUGGUGGGCUUCCUCAACAUCGACGAGAGUCAGAGGGUGAAGGCCACGCUGCAGGCCUUGCAGACGCUGCCCGAGGAGAACUACCUGGUGCUGCGUUUCCUCACCGCCUUCCUCGUGCAGAUCUCAGCCCUCUCUGACCAGAACAAGAUGACCAACACUAACCUGGCCGUCGUCUUUGGCCCUAACCUCCUGUGGGCCAAGGACGCCGCCAUCACCCUCAAGGCUAUUAAUCCCAUCAACACAUUCACUAAGUUCCUCCUGGAUCACCAAGGGGAGCUCUUUCCUAGUCCCGACGGCAAGGGGCUCUGAGUGCCCGCCCCGCCCGCCCCCUGCUCCGGCAGCCCCCACUCUGGACUCUCCCUCCUGGCUUCAGCCUACGGGUGCCAGGGGGUCCUGCCCAGAAAAGGGGCUCUGAGUCCCCUCGGAGAGGGAGGCUGGAGCCCGCCCCCAGACAGCUCCUCCUCCCUUUCUGGCUGGCCCACCUGGCCGGCCGGAGGCCUCACUGUAACCACAAGACCUUCUCUCUUCGCCUUAUGCUUCUCACUGCCUCCUUGGGUCCCUGGCUCCUGCAAGGCUCUGCGGAGCCGGCCGCGGCUCUUCGGCCGGGAGGCCUGGCCCCAGCAGCCGCUCCCCUGCUUCCUCCUGCCUCUCUCCCUGGCAACUGGAGACGCCAGGAUCACUGCCGGCUGGGCUGGUAGCCGGGGCUGGUCCUCCCUCUUCUGUCUGCUGGGGAGCGAAAGGCUAAGCUGACUGGACUGGCCCUGCUGAGGCUCUUCCCUGUCUGGGUGCAGGCCUGGUGGCAGGCAUCCUGUUCCUGUCAUCUCCCCUCUGACGGCUCAGCCUUUGGCACUUCCACAGCAAAUGGAUGGCAGGCUGGAGUCCCACAGUGGCCUUCUCUUCUGCACAUCCUGGGUCCACCUUUCCCAGAUGGUACUGCCCCUAGGGCAAGCUCACUGCCCCCCGGUUCUCCUGCCAGGCCUGGGAGCUUGGGGGACGGGGCUGCGUCCCUGCCUCCGUUCAGAGAGAUGCCCCACUCUCAGCCCCGACAGCCCCCUAGGGUCCGGUGAGACCAGUGACCAGCAGCCCCCGCCCAGCCCCUGCCUUGCCUCUCCCUACUCUGCCAGAUCCUUGGCCUCGUCUGUUGUGGAGUCACGGGGGACCCUGCUGGCUGACUCAGGGCCUCAGAUGGGUGGUGGCUCCUCUAGUUGCGGAUUCCUGGAGGGGCUGGGUAGAGACUUGGCUGUUUAGACUGGCCCCUGCCAGGUAAGUUCUAGCAGCUUCCCCCUGGACCUGGUGAUGGCGGAGGCCCCUCUUUCCAGCUGUCCCUUCCUGGUGAACCUCCUUCCUGAGGCCUCGGCCAGAGCCCACACCGUGGAGGCCUCACUGACCAGCCCUGCCCCAUCUGCGAGCCGGGCGUGGCCUGGGCCCUGACCUCACUGGGCUCUGUUCCCAGGACACUGGCGUGUCAGGACCCCCGAGAAUGGAUGUGGCUGUUGCCAGCUGCUCUGUCUCCAGGCCAGACCCAGGCUUCUGCUGUCUGCCUUCCUUUGUGUAUCAGGUGUUGCUCACCAUCCCAUUUACUGGGGAGCCUCGUGGAUCUGUUUGGUCUCCUGUCCCCAGCCCCCGCCCUGCCCUCACCACUAGUCUUUACCCUGGGGGCGUGGGGGACCUGUACUGUGAAUCGAGUGUUCACAUUCAUACUCAAUGACUUCCUUGGCACCAAUCAUGUAUUUUACCUUUGCACUUUUUAUAUUUCAGUAAAAAUCGAGA